GAAAAAACAGAGAGAGCGAGAGUAAAAAUUCUUACAACGAUGGCAAUGAAGCGGCUAAGCCUUCUGCUCGCUCCAUCUUCUGCUGCAUCUCCAGCUUCUCCAGCCUUUCUUGGGUUUCCUUUUGAACGAAGACAAAUAAGAAAUAUGGGUAUGAUUCUUAAACCCUCUUUAUUGUUCAAAGACAACAACCCCUUUUGCUCCCUUCAUUCUUACAGUAGUGGUGGUAGCUACAGACAUAGUAAAGACAAAAAAGGUUGUUCUUUUAGCAACAUUAAUGAUGCCUUGUCUGCCUUCAAUCACAUGCUUCAUUUGCAACCUCAGCCUUCUAUUGUCCAAUUCAGUAAAUUAUUGUCUGCAGUUGUCAGAAUGAGAUAUUAUGAGACUGUGCUCUUUUUGUCCAAACAAAUGGAACUUGCAGGAAUCUCUCAAAAUAUUUAUACCUUUAACAUCUUGAUUAAUUGCUUCUGCCACUUACAUGCUGAUUCUGGGUUCUCUGUAUUGGCCAAAAUCAUUAAACUUGGUUUUGAACCCAGUGUUGUCACUUUUUCUACCUUAGUUAAUGGGCUUUGUAUUGAGGGUAGGAUUGCUCGAGCUGUGGAAUUCUUUAAUGACAUGGUGGCAGGAGGAUAUGAACCUAAUCUACAUACUUAUAAUACGAUUAUCAAUGGUUUGUGUAAGAUUGGAGAUACCUCUGUGGCUGCUGGAUUGCUCAAGAAAAUGGACGAGGCAGGUUGUGAGCCGGAUGUUGUGACAUACAAUACAAUUAUUGAUAACCUUUGCAAGGAUAGACUAGUCAAUGAGGCUUUAGAUAUCUUCUCUCAGAUGAAGGGUAAAAGCAUUAAGCCAGAUGUUAUCACAUAUACCUCUUUAAUGCAUGGCUUAUGCAAUUCAGGCCAGUGGAAGGAGGCUUCAGCAUUGUUAAAUGAAAUGAUGGGUCUUAAUAUCAUGCCGGAUGUAGUUACAUUCAGCAUGUUGAUUGAUACACUGUGUAAAGAAGGUGAGGUUUCAGAGGCUCAAGGUGUAUUAAAACAAAUGACAGAAAAAGGUGUGGAGCCUAACAUUUUUACUUAUAAUUCAUUGAUGGACGGAUACUGUCUCCGAAGGGAAGUUGUUGAAGCGAGAAAAAUAUUGGAUGUUAUGAUAAGCAAGGGUUGUUCACCUGAUGUUUUUAGUUAUAGUAUUCUGAUCAAUGGAUACUGUAAGACCAAGAGGAUAGAUGAUGCGAAGCAGUUUUUUGAUGAAAUGAUUCAUCAAGGCCUAAUUCCCGACACCGUUAGUUACUCCAAUCUUAUAGGUGGCUUGUUUCAAGCAGGGAGAGUUUUGGAAGCAAAAGAGCUUUUGAAGGAUAUGUAUACCCAGGGCCACUCCCUAAAUUUAAUAACUUACUCAAUUUUGCUUGAUGGCUUAAUCAAACAAGGUUCUUUUGAUCAGGCGUUGGGACUCUUUCGAGACAUGCAAAAUAGUUACUUGAAGCCUGAUUUGGCAAUCUAUAAUAUCAUAAUCGAUGCCAUGUGCAAAUCUGGGAAGCUUAAAGAUGCAAGGGAGCUGUUUUUGGAACUCUCUGUCAAAGGGCUGCAGCCUAAUGUUCGGGUUUGGACUACAAUAAUCAAUGGACUUUGCAAAGAAGGAUUGCUAGAUGAAGCAUACAAAGCUUUCAGACAAAUGGAAGAGGAUGGCUGCCCACCGGAUAAUUGUUCUUAUAAUGUUUUUAUCCGAGGACUUCUCCAGCACAAGGAUCCAAGGGCAGUGCAACUUAUCAGUGAGAUGACAGGCAAAGGAUUCUCAGCAGAUGUGCACACCACAGAGUUGGUGGUAGAUGAUGAUCUUGUUGUCAAACAGUUGCUUGGCUCUUGUGAAGUUCAUCAAAAGGCACACUGUGAUGGAUUUAGAAGAAAAUGAGAACACAGAGAAGGAGAUGAGAAAUCAGAUCAUAAAUUAUGCUGAAGAGAAUCGACAUGCUUUUUAUGAGAAAAAAACAGCAAAGUUGUGAAACUAAGAAAGCUCAGAACCGAGAAAGAAGAAGUUGCACGUAGCCAGCCAUGAGACAUUCCAUAAAGAAGCUGAAAAAAAUUACUGGCAAGACAUUGCCAAGCACAUUCCUUGAGUGGUGCUGAAUGUUGAAAAGAAGAGAGGUAGGAAAGAUACUGAAAGCAAUCUUCUAGUGGUAAUUCUGGUGCAAAGCCUGGAAAACCCACUUAUCUUCCAAUGAUGAUGCAUCUUGAAGAUGAGACAAAGCCCUCCACCUCAUAUGAUGCCACUGCAAAGGAUGGGAAAGAUGCCAAGGAUGCAAAAGGCAGGAAAGAUAGCAAGGAUGCAAAUGAAAGGAAAGAUGCCAAGAAUGGGAAAAGUCCUACUCCUGCAAAUCCUGUUGCAGCUGAUUCUGCCACUGGAAUAAGCAUUCUUCACUCCUAAAGAUGCUGCCAAUGGUGGUGCCCUUGACUUGUUGAAUAACUAUAUGCUCCUGCUGCUGUUGCUGAGGAUGAGAAAAGCUGCUUCAACGGAACCAGCUAUAGCUUGGUGAUGACACAUCGUAAUUCUUGCUAUUAAGUCCUGUUUUCCAUUUAAAUACCGUGCUUAACCAUUCAUUUUGCAUAGUCAGAAAAACAGGAGCUCUCUGUUGCUGGAGUCUGCAGCAUGUGUUGUGGAGAGCUUUCUUUUUAACUGUAGGAUUCUCUGGCUUUAUGUGCCAAAAAGAAAAAAGUAUCUGUUACUUGCUUUUUAUGUAA